CUGUGAAUAUCAUUCAUACUAUUCACCAUCAUCCCUAUUCUCAUCAGCUGGGUGAUGAUCUCCUUUUUCAUAAUCUGGUUCCAUUCUUUGUCUCGGUUUCCCUUUUUCACUUCCUUACUACUUUUAUCCUCUUUCUCCCCCACUACUUUCCCGUCUCCCAUCUGACUUUCCUUUCUAAACCCCUGUUCUUUUCCACCCCCGGAGUAAACAGUCCCUGUUGCUCUGACAGCCAGGAAUCGCCGCCAUGUUUAUGAUCCGCAAUGUGAGCAAGUUCCUCUUUGGGGAUACUUCCAAAGAGACUAUCAUCGAGAUCCCUCAGGGCGAGCUUUACCUGGUCCGGCCUCUAUCACCCAAAGGGUACUCAGAACUUAUAUUCAAGGACGCUGCCGCAUCAAUCAGGCGUACUGGACAGGAGUACCAGUAUCAGCUUGUCAUCCAACGAGCCUACGAAGAGGGCGAGGAAGAACUGAAUACCGACGAGGACGAACAAGGCGCGAGUGAUAAUUUUGACAAGGACGAGAAGAUUUUCCUUCUUGACCAAGCUUUGCACUUCCGCACGGAAGUCCGUGAAGGGGGCGCGAAGGUCUUGGCCUGGAGAGACCUGAGUGGUGAUCUCGGCGAUCUCUACGAAUUCGUUUGCGACCCGUCUGUUCCAUCGGAUAAAAUCCCCACAUUUGAGUUGGCGGCCUUCCAGUGCCAGUACGAACGGAAAUACCGACAGAGCGCUCAAAAAGCAACUGAAGGAGAUCUUCAGCAGUUCUCGUACCAAGAGGAAAAGCCCAUUCCUUCCGCAAGCCCUAUCGCCUCACCUACCAAGUCUCGCACCUACUCCCUGGAUUCGACUGCUGCGAUGGCUAAGGACGUGGAAUAUCAGAAGUCUAAAGGACAAAUCAAGCCAGCCGACAAUGGAGAAGAGUCGACAGUCGCUCCACCAUCCGCAGCACAGCCUGAAGCUAAGGAAAUUCUCACGAAGGAGAAGGCUGAAUUGCACAUGUUUGACUUCCCCACUGGAACCUUUGUUCUUCAAGAUUCCGAUGUGACUGCCACCGUGUCUGAGAUCGGUAACUGGCAGUAUUGGCUCCAAAUCACGGGUCAAGAGAAGGAGUGGCUAGGACAAGCUGUUGUUGCGGAUAUCAACCCUGUCUUUAAUUUUGAAUAUCUCUCCUUCAUCUUUAACCACUAUGCUGAGGAUGGCUCGGCAUACUCCUGGCUACUACGUUUCAAGGACCAAAUAACUGAAGAACGCUUCCAAGAGGGUCUGAUGCAAGCUCUAUGGGAACAAUUAAACGAAAUGAAAUGGGUCAAGGUCAAGGAGGAUGAUCGGGAGUAUGUUCUAGACGCGUUCCAAGACCUCACUAUGGAGGACUCAGCCGAGAAUCAGGAAGAGGAGGAGGAGGAGGAGGAGGAGGAAGUGGAAGAAGACCAGCAUGACGGCCAGCGCAGCGAACACUACGACAGUGAUGAGGAGCAGGAUGACGUCGUCACACGCGAUGACGAUGGAAACGUCAACUCGCAACUUGCCGUUGGCUACAAGCACGAUCGGUCCUUUGUUGUCCGUGGUUCCAAAAUUGGUGUUUUCAAACACACUCCAGACAACAAUCUUGAGUUCUCCACCAAUAUAUCCAAGGUCGAGACACCAAAGGGCAAGCUAUUUAGCCCCAAGAAGGUUAUGUUGCAUGCUGAGGAUUCCAACAUGAUUCUGCAAAAUGGAGACGACCCCAACUCUCUCUACCGCAUGGAUUUGGAGUAUGGUAAGAUUGUCGACGAGUGGAAGGUCCAUGACGAUAUCCCUGUGACCACAUUUGCACCGGAAACCAAAUUCUCCCAAAUGACCAGUGCUCAGACCUUCGUCGGAGCGUCCAACAAUGCUCUGUAUCGGAUUGAUCCCCGUGUCACAGGUAACAAGCUUGUCGAUGCGGACCUGAAGCAGUAUGCCAGCAAGAACGACUUCUCUGCCGUGGCCACGACAGAGAAAGGAUACCUCGCUGUCGCUUCGAACAAGGGAGAUAUUCGCAUGUUCGACCGCCUGGGUAUCAACGCUAAGACUCAUAUUCCUGCACUGGGGGAACCUAUCAUUGGUCUGGAUGUGUCCGCUGAUGGUCGCUGGGUUCUGGCUACAUGUCGCACCUACCUUCUUCUCAUCGACUCGUUGCAGAAGGAGGGCAAAAAUGAAGGGAAACUUGGUUUCGAGCGUUCGUUCGCCAAGGAUUCUAAACCUCAACCUCGUCGCCUGGGUCUUCAGCCAGCGCAUGUCGCACAGUUCCAGCACGAAACCAAGAAGCCUCUAGCUUUCACACCCGCACGUUUCAAUACGGGCGUUGAAUCACAAGAGACGUCGAUUAUCACGGCAACGGGUCCUUUCAUCAUCACAUGGAGCAUGAAAAAGCUGCUUGCUGGACGUAAGGAUCCUUACACGAUUAAGCGAUACUCUGAGGAGGUUAUGGCCGAUAACUUCCGGUUCGGUUCGGACAAGAACGUCAUUGUGGCGCUGCCGAAUGAGGUCAACAUGGUUGCAAAGAGAGCUCUCCAGAAGCCCACUCGCGAAAGUAUCGCAGGUCCUCCCGUUACCCCCAGUCGUCGGGGUACCCGAUGGGGUAGCCGGUUGGGACGAGAAGAUAUUGUCAAUUCGCCGUACUAGACGGUUUAGCUCACCCCCUUGUGGGUGGCAUUGCCUCGUUUUAUUUCUUCAGCUUCUCUUCAUGUACACUGCAUACCCCCUUUAGUCUUCUUUUUCCCUUUCCUGGUUUUUUCUUCUAAUCCCAAGACCCUUAUCUUCUCGCACCGCUGCUGCUCUUUCUUGCAAUUUUCGGUACGAUAGGCCAUGUGUGAAGAUUCUCCAACGGUGACAUGGCAGCUUACGACUGAGAUGGGAUAGGCCAGCGGAUUUGAAUGACGGUGUCGAGCGUUCAAGAUAAAAUCACUAGUAAUACUUGAAUACGAAUUAUGAGUCUCGGAUGGCA